UUUCAGGAGGCGGGGCUUAGCUAGCAUUUAAUUCCGGGUUAGCGAGACCUACAAGUUGUUGUGAGUUAACAAUUAACCAGGAUGAAAGCAGCUAAGAAACUCAUGAAGGUUUUGGUGACGACUCGCCUUCCUGAAGAAGGACUGAAGAUCCUGUCAUCAUCUGGAGUGUGUGAUGUAUGUACGUGGGACCUGGGGGCAUCCAUGCCUAGAGAGGAGCUUCUUAAAGGUGUGCAGGGGGCCCACGGUGUCCUGUGUCUGCUGACGGACAAGAUUGACUCUGAGGUUAUGGAUGCUGCAGGACCCAACCUGAAAGUUGUCAGCACCCUCUCCGUGGGAUACGACCAUUUGGACCUCAAUGAAAUAAAGAAACGUGGUAUACGUGUUGGUUACACUCCCGAUGUCCUGACUGAUGCCACAGCUGAACUGACAGUCGCUCUCCUACUCGCCACAGCUCGCAGAUUACCCGAGGCGAUGGCGGAAGUGAAAAACGGGGGCUGGGGCUCCUGGUCACUAUUCUGGAUGUGUGGUUACGGUCUUUCGGGCAGCACCGUGGGGGUCAUCGGCCUGGGGCGUAUUGGGAUGGCCAUCGCUCGCCGCCUUAUGCCUUUUGGAGUCAAGCGGCUGCUUUACUCCGGGAGAACCGAGAAGGCUGAUGCUGCCGAGCUGAAUGGAGAGUUUGUUCCUCUGGACACUCUUGUAUCUGAGAGUGACUUCAUCGUCGUGUCGUGCUCGCUGACGCCAGAGACCCACGGCCUUUGUGACAAGGCCUUCUUCAGCAAGAUGAAGAAAACCGGAAUCUUCAUCAACUCAAGCAGGGGGGCUGUCGUGAACCAGGAGGAUCUAUACGAGGCUCUUAAAAGCGGCCAAAUUGCAGCCGCCGGCCUGGAUGUAACAACACCUGAGCCGCUACCCACAGACCACCCUCUUCUGACGCUCAAAAACUGCGUGGUGUUGCCACACAUCGGCAGCGCCAACUACUCCACGAGAGGCGUCAUGGCUACCUUGGCAGCUCGAAACCUGCUGGGGGGUCUACAGGGCACAGAAAUGCCCAGUGAACUUAAGCUCUAGAAGAUGAAAUGAAGGAUGUGGUCCCGCUGUUGCGGUUCUACUUGGAUGGUACAGUAGAUAGAAUAUGUAGUAAACAUUCACUAAUGGGCAGAGGUUUGGCUUUGAGACUGACUUAAGUCACAAUUUUGAUGACUUUGGACUUAGAGGGUGGGGAAAGACAAAAUAAGAAGCCAAAAAGUUACCACUUCCACACAAAAUAGGAGGAGAACACAUUCAUUCAUUCAUUUUCUACCGUUUAUCCUCACGAGGGUCGCGGGGGCGCUGGAGCCUAUCCCAGGUGUCUUCGGGCGAGAGGCGGGGUACACCCUGGACUGGUCGCCAGCCAAUCACAGGGCACAUAUAGACAAACAACCAUUCACACUCACAUUCAUACCUAUGGACAAUUUGGAGUCGCUAAUUAACCUAGCAUGUUUUUGGAAUGUGGGAGGAAACCGGAGUACCCGGAGAAAACCCACGCAUGCACGGGGAGAACAUGCAAACUCCACACAGAGAUGGCCGAUGGUGGAAUUGAACCCUGGACUUCCUACAUUAUUCUUAACAAAGCUAUUGUUGCAUAAACUUAUUGCCUACUUAUUGUUUGCUAAAUGGAAGUUAUGGCCUACACAACAAAGAAUAAAAGUUAUAGUAUAGAUUUAAAGUUUCUUCCUCAUACUUUUAAAACAUUCUUCAUCAAGAGUGGAAAACUUUAAUUUCAUAUACAGUGUAUCACAAUAGAGUGCAGCUCUCACAAUUCAGCAAUCAUUUUAUUACAUCUUCUGAAGGGACAAUACUAUUAAAUGAAACUUGAAUAUAACUUAGAAUAGUCAGUGUAAAGCUUGGAAAGCAAUAGAGUCAACAUGCAGCCAUUAUUGUCGAAAUAGCUCGCAUCUUAAGUGGGUAGACAAAUUAUUUUUUCAGAUUAAAAUUAAAGCA